CGGGGGAAAGUAGAGAGAGACAGGAGGAGGGGCCUUCAGCAACACCUAGCCCGUGAGUCCGCCCUCUGACUCGGCUCAGUGUCGCUUAGCUCGGUGAGGCUUUCAGAACCCGACGUCAGCGCACGGCAGGCUCCCGCUGUCACGUGUCGCCGCACGAAGUCAACUGAUUCGCUAAUCACGAUAAAAGAAAAAAAAAAAAAAGAUUCGUGUGUAAAAAAGACAAGUGAUUUGAGAAUUACCAUCUACUUCGUUAGCGUUACGGAAACAUGAGAAACUGAUUAGUGAAGUGGACUCAGCACAUUGGUCAACCUUCGUGAGUGGUACAAUCCAAGAUGGCCGAAGAUACGCCCACGUCGACACAUGACACUUUACACACACACCCUAAGGUUACACGCACAGGGCACACCACACAGGGGCCACACACACACACUCUGGAAACUAGGUCACACGGCGGGCAUUCUUCGAAGGGCAUGGACUACUCCGGACUUCAACUGAACGACUCUUUAGACGCACUUGACGAGUCGGUGAGCGGCGACGUCCCUCCGCAGGUCGUGGCGUUCCAGCUGAAGCGCCUGCGAUCCGACGACGGCUCGUCCACCACCGCCGAGGAAGUCUGGGAGUCACUCGAGCAAGACAGUUCUGGUUACGUAAGCUGCAGUGAAGGUUUCCCGGCAGGCGGCGGGGCCAGCGACGCUGAGCCGGAGUUUCCCGCGGGCAGCCGCAGCCUCCGCUCCAUCCGAGAGGACCUGGCGUCGGCAGUGUCGCGCGAAACCCGCUCGGAGUGUCACGACGCCCUUCCGCUGGCGACGGAAAAGGAAACCCACGAGGUCGGGGAGGUCGUCGCGAGUGACGGUUCGCUGUCAGAAAAGGCUUCCAUUACCGAGGGAAAACUCGCGACAACUUCCUUCACGACAAAGAACGCAAGCGGUUACAAAGGUGAAGGCAACCCGCCCGGCAGGGAGGGGGAGGCACUGCAGGAGUUGGGCGCUGCAGGAAGGACGGAGAGUGCGUCGUCGGACUCGAGGCGCGAGGCAGCUCCUUCACCGCGCCCUCCUCUCACAAGGGCUCGACCGCUCUUUGGCGAUGACGAGCCCGAGGCGCCCUCAGCCUCGGCCCCCCUCGCCGAGGACGUAGCUGUCCGCCCCAAAAGUGCCAGCCCGUCGGAUAAGAAGAGCGGCGAAAGGGAAGAUUCGUUAUCCUCCUUCAAGGGCAGAAGGAACAGGAAGAAGGGCUACGCCUCGUCGUCCUCGCUGAGCCUCGAGAACCCGCUGCCGGAGAUCGCCGAGGACCCGCCCGCGCCGCAGCACGUGGUCGUGGACCUCACGGACGGCGGCGAGCACGAUCCCUUCGUGGCGGUGUCCGUGGAGGAGCCGGAUGAUCCCGACUCAUGGGAUCACGAGGAGGCCCUGAGCAUGAAGAUUCAGACUGACCUCGAGUCCCAAGGGGACAAGAUGGCGUCACGAUACCUCAGGUCGAAGGGAAUUCGCGUGCCGCCGCCGCGCCACCGCAGCUUCGGGGAGACCGUGGUGAACAUCAGUGCAGGUGAAGUGGACUGUGAAUACGUGAGCGAAAAUGAGAGCAGGGAGUUCAAUAACUCCUUUUAUCAAAGUGACGCGGGCGAAGGUGAAGGCGGGGGCAGGGCAGAGUACCUUGGGCACGAGAACUUGGCCUUCGUGGAGGACGAGCAGGACGCGAUCAGCCAGGAGGAGAACUUCGCCUCCCCCGAGGAGCCGGACGCGGGUCCCGUGGAGCUGCCGAGGAGGAGCUCCGACCCGGAGGUGUCGUCCAGUGCCAAGAGUGACGAGGUGAAGGCGGAGGAGGAACUCUUCCGGUCUGCCAGCUGUGGCACGGAGCUCGACAAAGUGCUCAACAAUCUGAGCGGCGAGCAGAGCCCGGCCUCGGGGACACCCACCCUCAGGAAGAGGAGCAUCUCGAGGGGCCGCCAGGAGAGCAUCCACUCGGAGCCCGGCGACAUGAAGACGAAGGAGGAGACUCCCGAUUCCGCUAAAUGGGUGGGUGUCCAUGGAGGCCAGCCAAGUGAAGGCGCCCAGUCGGCCUCCCCCCUCCUCACCUCCCCCACCACGCCCCACAUCGUUGUGUCUCCCGAAGAGAACGCCAGCUCCCAGAACGCCAAUGAUAAGUCGGUGCAAGAGGACGCUGCUCAGCAGCAGUCCUCGCCCCAAGCCAAUAAUGGCACGAGCGUCCCCAACGGCCAGUCCGCCCUUGCUUCGCCGCCGACCCCCGCCGUGGAGGAGAAGGAGCGCACGCGGCCUGAUAAGCUAACGUUGACCAUGAAUACCCUGGACCUCCCAGAUAGCCGCCACCCCUCACUAGAUAUUGGUGUGCGCCGUAACACCCGGCGUAACUCCAUGAGCGAAAUGCUCAAACGUUACGGAAGUCAAACCAACCUCCAAAGGACUCCCUCAACCAACAACAUCCGACGCAGUACCUCUCGGAACAGUCUAGUUCUAGAGUGGACUCAAGAGGGGAACGAUUCCCUCAUUGCUUGUCUGAGUGCCCUCUAUGGCAAGCUUCUAGUGGUGAUGGGCAUGGCUUUCCCAAUUGCAGAGGUCAUUUCACAUGAUAUACCUGUCACUUUUUACAAUGGUUUCUACCUCUACUUGUACAUUGGGUCCAUAAUAUUCCUAGUGUACGCCUACAUGUUCCUCUUACGUUCGAUCAACCUCCCAACAGAGCAGAUCAAGUCCAAGUUUCAUUCCCUGCGAAACUACAUGGCUAUGCCUGACUUACACAUGGUCUUCCCUCAUCGGAACUCUUCGCAGCAAGAGGGUACAGGUAGAAAGAAUAAUAACAUUUCAAAGAUGAUUGAGAACUACCACAAUUACAAAUAUUAACAUGGGAUCACAGUAAGGUGUUUUAACAUUAUCUAACCAGAUUUAGGAG